GACUACUGGGUAUAAAUAAAGCUGAUUUCAAGCAAUGAACUGAGUAUACAGCAAAUAUUACAGCCUGCUUAGUUGAAUUUUGGUUCACUUGGACUUCAUCAGCAUGUGGAUUUCUACAGCAUUCCUUCUUUUUGUGCUGGUUGUUAAUGGAGAAUCAUACAAGUUUGGUGUAACCUGCCCCGAUGACUGGGAGAGAUUUGAAAAACAAUGCUUUAAAUAUUUCAGCGACUUAAAACCAUGGAUUGAAGCAGAGAAACACUGUAUUGACCUUGGAGGAAACCUUGCAGCUGUCCACAAUGCACCCACUAACAUCUUCCUAAAAGGCCUUGUGAGAAAAUAUAGCAAUAACUUCCCCCGUACCUGGAUUGGUGCUCAUGAUGCAAUCAAGAACUUUUUCUGGCUUUGGAGUGACGGAUCAAGGUUUGACUACAAUGACUGGCAAAGGGGUGAACCAAAUAAUGGAUAUCGAGGAGAUGAACAUUGUGUGGAAAUAGGCUAUGGAGGUGACAGACGCUGGAAUGAUGCACACUGCGAUACUACUCUCAAUUACAUCUGUCAGACAGAAUUAAAAUUGUAAACUAAUAUCUCAUGUCUGUCCAUCACCAAUUUCUAAAGUCUCCAAAUUGCUUGUUGUAACAGACAUGCUUUGAAUUUGAAUUUGAAUGUCAAUCUUUGCAAAACCAAAAUAAAAAAAUAAUCUUUAAACUACAAA